UUCAGGACAGCACAACUACCUUUCCUCCGUUCCCUUCAGAGAUGAAGACCGUUGCCAUCUUGCUCUGCGUGGCUGCUGCCGCCGCUGCAUUGCCGCAGGGCUUCUUCCCAGGUGGUCUGUUUAGUCAGAACGGCCAGGCGACCGGCAGUGCCGCCGGCAAUGUGGUGUCCGGGGUCAGCAGUGAUCCCUUCCAGAACUCUCGGAUCACACAAGUCAGCGCCACCGCCUCGGGAUCAGCCAAUGACAACGCCGUAAGCUCCAACGUGGCCAGCGCCUCCAACGUCGCUUCUUCGGGGCUGUUCGGCAACCAGGAGUUCUCAAACACCAACGCCGUCUCCAACCAGCAGACGUUCGGUGGCGGACUUAGCGGAAGUUACCAGCGGCCGAUCGGUCAACUUCCGGCGGCAGUACCGCAGGCCGAACUUCUACUAGUCAUGACCUAG